AUGAGAAAGACGGACGUGAGGAACCCGAACGACGGAUGCGAGGAACGCAAAGGACGGAUGCGAGGAACGCGAAGGACGGAUGCGAGGAACGCAAAGGACGGAUGCGAGGACCGCGAAGGACGGAUGCGAGGAACGCAAAGGACGGAUGCGAGGAACGCAAAGGGUGGAUGUGAGGAAAGCGAAGGACAGAUGCGAGGGCCGCGAAGGACGGAUGCGAGGAACGCGAAGGAUGGACGCGAGGGCCGCGAAGGACGGAUGCAAGGAACGCGAAGGAUGGAUGCGAGGGCCGCGAAGGACGGAUGCGAGGAGCGCGAAGGAUGGACGCGAGGGCCGCGAAGGACGGAUGCAAGGAACGCGAAGGAUGGAUGCGAGGAAUGCGAACAACAGAUGCGAGGAACGCGAACAACAGAUGCGAGGAAUGCAAAGGAUGGACGCGAGGGCCGCGAAGGACGGAUGCGAGGAACGCGAAGGAUGGAUGCGAGGGCCGCGAAGGACGGAUGCGAGGAACGCGAAGGACGGAUGCAAGGAACGCGAAGGAUGGACGCGAGGGCCGCGAAGGACGGAUGCGAGGAACGCGAAGGACGGACGCGGAAACCUGUGCAAAUGCGGACGGUGGAUUUUCCCAACGGGGAACAAUCAAGUCCAGCUGUCUACGGAGCGACACGUGUGGACAGGAGCUCUGACGUCACAGGAGCUGCGCAGUCCAACUCGGAACGACAACUUCCUCUUCCUCACACGCACACGCACACGGUGUAA